AUGAUCCGAAAGAAGCUCAAGGUGCUGAUGUUGCUUGACAACUGCAGUGCGCAUCACGUCAACGCACACUUGAAAGCUGUGGAGGUUUUGUUCCUGCCCCCAAACACUACCACCAAGCUGCAGCCCAUGGACAAGGGGGUUAUUGCCAACUUUAAGGUCCACUACCGGCGCCGAGUGAUCGAGCACCUCCUGAUUGAUGUUCACACUGCCGACAACGUGGCCGGCAUGAAGGUGCCUUUGGUAAAGGCGAUUUUCUUCGCAAGCGGAGCCUGCAGGGAUGUGAAGCGCCUGACCUUGUGCCUGGGUCUAAGCCACAUGGACUUCGUUUUCGCCUACGAAGACCUUGUUGCCACCGAGGACUUCACGACUGAAGAAGUUGCCGGGAGUGUCAUGGAAAAGACUGGUGGACAGCGCCUCCGACAGCGAAUGCGACGAUGCUAG